GACUGAAAUGCACCAUGGCAAUGAUUGCAAGGCGGAAGGGCAAGCCAACGCCUGAAGUAGGAGAGUAGGCACAGGAUUCGAGCUCAUAGUAGAGGUAUGGGUGGAGCUUCUUCCAAAUUGGACGAAAACAAUUGGAGUUUAGCAGACGGGAAACUAAGGGGCGUCCAGGAUACCGUUGAUGGCCAACCACCGAUACAGCAAUAUGAAGUGUACUACAUGACCAAGAGAGCCGUCAACCAGAGAGAGUUUAAUAUUCUUGACGAAAGAGAUAAUCUUGUGUUCAGAACGCGUGCGGUCCGAGGGACGAUUGCCUGUUUCGAUUUGAUGGGAUCAGGUAGGGACGACUACAUUCUUCGAGUAAAUGUGGAUAUAGCUCGGCGAUUCUGGAUUAUUUCUCGGUUCUAUGUUCCCUCGUUUGAAGGCCAAAUGCCCGACAAAGAAGCUACCGAAAAAUUAGCCGCUCAGCUGGAUGAGGACAGUCAGCACGAUAUCGGUACUGGACGGAAGCGUCUUCCGAUUCUUUACAAACGCUGUUGCAUAACUGUGAGUUGGAGCCGAUACAUGAUGGUGGCCGCUCACUACGGACCGCCAUCCAUUGCUAUGAUUCUUUCUGCAUCCCAAACAGAUACCGAGAUAGAUCAAGAUGAGCAAUGGAUGAGGGAUGCUGCUAAGAUCUCAAGCCGCAUGAAAGAACGCCAAAGGAUCAUUUCCAACGGGAAAGUUGAGGACCUUGCCUUGACGAGCUCAGAAAGUGAUCCUCCCUUGCCUGAACCCGAAAAUAGUCAUUUCAAGAGAAUCCCACCGCCUUUCAUUGACAAAGAUGAAACUGACAAAGAUGUCAAUGCUGAAAAAAAGCUUUCAUGCGAAACGUCCCCCUCUCUGCCCGACAUUCCUCCCGCCGAUCAAGAGGUUCCACAUCAAUCUGACAAGACGAAUAAGCCAAAUUCGACAACCUUAUUGAGAUCUGCUACGAUUUCUGCUGAAACAUCGAUGCUUAACAUGCAAGAUUGGUUUCGGCAGCAGUCACAAUCUAUACAGGCUAAAUCGAAGGCCGCAUUUGAGGCAUACGCAAUCACUAAGCCAAAAGAGGUCACGAAUGCAGAUCUUCUGGAGGGUGUUGUUCAGUUUGAGCGACCUCUUCUUCGCUGUCAAGAGAUAUACAACCGGUUCUUUGGAAAUCACCAAACCUCGCUUGUGUCGAAAGAACAAGUACUUGACCUCUUGGAGCAAGAUCGGGAACAGCACGCAAAGGACCAUCCCGAGGAUAAUGUAAGCUAUUUAGAGAAUGAUCCUCUGACAAGAGCAGAAAGAGAUAUUUUGAAAGAGAAUGGAGGAGCAUUUUCUUCCGCAGCGGAACGAUUGGACGCGAACAAUGACAUUGGAAUUUUCGGAGCAAAGUAUGAGCAACCCCUGGUUGGAUACUGGAGCUGGGAGCACACUUUGCGAACUCAUCAAAUCAAGGUCCACGUGGCCAAAGGAACAGACCUUGCUCUUCAUGUAAUCAUGGCAGUUAUUGCGAGCCAAGUCCGCUUUGAAAGGCAUGCCAUUGCCAUGACUAUUUAGGGUUUACUGUUAGUCAGUGACCCGGUACACGCCAGGCUAAUAUAUGUUCAAGCCAAUGGUAGAGGGAAACGUAAGCAACAAGUACCUUCUUAUAUGCAAUGGGCACGGCUGGAUUACCGCGAACAAAGAACAAGAGGACACUCUAACAUUUCAAAUGAAGGAAUCAUGUGCGUCAGACUACUUGGAUGAUUCCCAGUCAAUUUCUUACCCCCUCGUAGCGUAAACAUUGUAUCGACAUAACUAUCAUGACGUUGCU